GACGGCAGUUCCCGCGAAAAGAGUAAUCCGUUUCUGUACCGCUUCGGCAAGUCGCGGAUUUUUCUGCUGUUAUAAGUACGUCCAGAAUUGAGUCAAAUGUUGUGCGAUCGCUAAGUGGAUAGUUUUCUGCUGAGGAUGGCUUACUUGCACGAAGAAUCACAAUCGGAGAUUCGUAAAAAAUUCACUUAAAAAUCAUGCUCGUGAUAUGCCGCGUGCACUGCCCCAUGAUGCCCCAUAUAUAAGUAUUAUCUUAUACGCACCGCGCGCACUCGGCUAAAUCCACGAUUUUAAAUGUCUGACAACGACACUGCACAGAAGAAACGGAAAAAUGGAUGUGGACUAUAUAAUAAAUAGAAUUGAGUUGUGAAUUACUUGUGUACCUACAUACGCAAUAAAUGCUUACCUCGUAUAAUUUCUGCAGAAUAUGUGAACGUUAUAACAUUCAUAUAUUUCUUAAACUUUAUUACACAUUAAACGUGAUCUUUGUAAAAACUUGGAACAAUUUUUCUUGUAAUGAAUUAAACGAUUUAAAUGAAAAAGAUAUUGCUAACAUUCAUCGAGUCUAAAAUAAAACAUUAUUAAAUAGGUAUUUUAAGUAUCAUCGAGGGUAUCUAUACCUACCUACUUAUUUAUAUACCAAUUUUAUAGGUAACCGUGAUCCAGAAAAUAAUAAUGAUAAUAAUAACAAUACAAAAUGGCGCAUCACGCGCUGUGUAUAUAUAUUAUUAUGAUGAUGCGUCAUCGGUAACUUAGAACCUAUAACCUUUCUUUUCUAUAUAUCUGCGCAGACUGCAGAGUGCAGUACCUAUAUAAAUGCGGAGGAAUAUAGUAGAUCAUAAAAGGCACGAAUUUAAUAUAUAACUGUUUCUAUUUUUAAUAGAAUUUAGAAUUAUGUACUAAUUAAAAAACUAUACUUGUACACAAUUUUGUAUUAAUACUAAUUUUUAAAAUUUUCUUAUACCUACAAUAUAAGACGAUGAUAUAACCUUAAAAUUAUGUAUGAACAUACAUGUAUGUGAUGUAAACAAACAGGUGUGAAAUUGACUCAAUGUGAUAAAAAACCAUAAACUGUCGGAUACUGCUUUGAUUUUUUGAUCAACUAAAAUGACGAGUUUGAAGAAUAAUGGUACUCCAGGGGAUAGCCUGGAGGACCUAGGAAUUCCAGGACAAGCAUUUCUCAGUGAUGCUUUGACUAGUUGCAAUGAUCCAUUGAAAGCUAUUGAAGAAUUUCAGUUGGAGAACGGAAUCCUACUACCUUCUCUAAGGCCCAUGUUGCCACUUUUGGAUCUACACGGAGUUCAGAGACUUGAUUUCCAUGCAUCGGUGCUAGAGGAGUUACGUGAGAAACUAGUUAAAAGAAUCAAUGAAAUUGGGGCAGAAAGAGGAGAAAAAGGAUCGCACGUGGGUGCAGAUAAAAGAUUAAAAGAACUCUUGUCAAAAAGCUUUCCUGCUGUUAGAGUGGCAGCCUUGAGACCAGUGGUCAUGUGUAUUUUGAGGAAUACACCUGUAAUCGAAGAUAAAUACUUGAAAGUUUUGGUGAGAGAAAAGGAGUUGUACAAUGAUGCAGAUACAGAAGUCAAGCGACAGAUUUGGAAAGAUAAUCAGAGUUUAUUUGGUGACGAGGUGUCUCCAUUGUUUAGUAAAUAUAUAAUUGAAAAAGAGCAGGUUCUUUUUGACCAUCUCAAUUUGAACAGUCCAUUUUUCAUGCCUUCUCCUAAGGUAAGAAGGCAAGGGGAAGUUGUACAAAAAUUGGCCCACAUGAUUGGGCAUAGUGUCAAGUUGUAUGACAUGGUUCUUCAAUUUUUAAGGACCUUGUUUUUGAGGACCAAAAAUGUUCAUUACUGUACAUUAAGAGCUGAACUUUUAAUGGCUUUCCAUGACUUAGAGGUACAAGAUAUCAUUUCUGUUGAUCCUUGUCACAAAUUCACAUGGUGUUUGGAUGCUUGUAUCCGUGAGAAAAAUGUCGAUAUCAAGAGAUCUCGGGAACUUCAAGGCUUUCUUGACAGUAUUAAGAGAGGUCAAGAGCAAGUCUUGGGUGAUUUAAGUAUGACACUGUGUGAUCCAUAUGCAGUAAACUUUUUAGCAAGCAGUGUAAUGAAGAUCGCGCUUCACCUUAUAAAUGGCGAAUUGCUGCCUCGCGAAAAUGCGGUUCUGGUUCUUUUACUUCGAAUGCUGGCACUUGGUUUAUCAGCAUGGCAGAUGAUUGAUUCACAGGAUUUCAAAGAACCUAAACUGGACAGUCAAGUUGUUACCAAGUUCCUUCCUGCUCUCAUGUCUCUAAUGGUGGAUGAUCAAAUCCGUCAGCUGAACUGCCGACUUCCUCCAGAUGAGCGUGAAAGUGCGAUUGCCAUUAUAGAGCACUCGGGUCCUCCUCCAGAUGCUUGCCAGGCUUAUGCUCAACUGUCCGGAGUUGCAGCUGUUUUGUCCAUGUACUACGCGCUUCACGUGGGUGGUAUAGGUGCCGGUGCAACAUGUACAGCCGGACAGGGGAAAUCACGAGGAGAUGCACGGGGACUUGUGCGAGUUUUGGCAACUCUACCAAAUUGCCAAGGACAGCGCGCUUAUGAGGAUCCUUUCUUACAUACCUUGGUCUUGUUGCUUGUUUUGAACAUGUCCGACGAAUUUACGAAUGAAUCUUUUUGCACUGUGAUAUUUGACGAGUUCUUUUUGGCGGGCACGUCAAAAGAUAGUGUAACUCGUCAUUUAUUGAAAUUGCUGUGGUGGGUACAUCCAAAAUUACCGAUCGCUCGACUUCAUACACUUGUCAAGUCCCUCGAGCCUACCAGUCAGCAUAAUGAAGCAGUCCACAGUUUAUAUCAAGCGCUUAGGGAUAAAAUCGGAAAUAGAACAAGUGAUGAUCCAGCAGCUCAAGUUGAUGUUAUGAUGGAAGGAUCGUCAUCGCCUAUGCCAAAUUCUUCUAUAUUAGGAGCGACCUCGCUUUAAAUCAUAAUUAUUUUAUGAAGCUUAUACAUUUCGUAAAAUAAUACAAAUCUGAAUUAUUGAAUAAGACGCGUAAAAGCAGCGUAAAAGAAAGACUUUUAGCUACUUUUAUACAGAAUAAUUGAAAAUUAUUAUCUAACGAUAUGUUUAAAAAUAGUUGACUAUAAACAAUUUUUUGUAACGAAGUAAAAUUUAUAUAAGUAGGAAUGAAUUCAAUAACAAAUUUUGUACAAAUAUAAAAAUUCGUUUAUAGGUAUUAAAUAUUCUAAUUUUUUACAUCGUCAAGUCUUACAAAAGAUCAGGCUAUUUUAGAUUUAUAUUUGGAUUAUAAGAAGCUACAAGAAGAUCUAAAUAAUUUGGGUCUAGUUUGUAAGACGCUAAAAUCAUUGAUAGGUAGGCGCGCCUUAUCAGAAGCAAUCUUGCUAGCCAGGGGUCCAGCAAACUAAGCCUGUAAAUAAAGAAAAUGUUUAAUGUUGAAUGACUGAUGAUAAAUACACAUUAAGAUGAUUAAGAA